AUGAAUGUUGACAUUGAGCAUGUCCAAUUGGACUUUGUUAAAGGAAAUGAGGAUAAUAUUUGCAGCCUACAGGUUCAAAACAAUAUUAUGUGUUUUGCCCUUAGAACUGGUGAACUCUAUUUGGUUGAUUUAGAGACACCUUCCAAAGUUUAUGGGUAUGUUGUUCCAAUGUUGUCUGAAGGUGAUAGUUCUGAGGUGCUUGUUAAGAUUUGGAUGAAUCCAGGUGGGGAUCUAUUGUUUAUUAAGACUAAUUUUGCUAAAUACUAUGUCUGUGAUGUUUCCAAGAUAUUUGUUUCUGGUAAAACUGAUGUUAAGAAAGACAACAGUGAGUCUUUAAUUUUAAUACGAAAGUUAUCUAAGAAAGGUUGCAACUUGAAAUCAGUUUGUUGGUGUGAUUCUGAUUCUCUUUUACUCGGUGAUAUUGAGGGUCAUGUCUAUUAUUUAACGUUAAAUUCUCAUGAUAGGAGUAAGAAUACUUUAACUAUCGUUGCUAAAUGUUCGGAUCGUAUAGAUGGUAUUUCUUGGAGUUCCAAUGGGAGCUGUGUGAUUGCUUCAGGCAAUAAACUUAUGUAUUGGAAGACUAUCUCAAAUGAUCCAAUUAAAACUUUGAAGGAAAACCCUCAACCUACAGAAUCUGAGGAAUUCGAGUGUUUGACAAAAGAUGUGGGAAAUAGAUUUAGCUCUACAAAAGAUCAGUUUGCAUGUAUAAUGAGCGAUGUCAUCGUAUUUGGUAAGACUGUUCCACAGAACAAUGGGAAGAUUUUACAAAAUGCAAAUGUAUUGUUGAAUGUAGAAUUAUCAGAAUCAACUUCUACUGUUCGAGACGUUUCUCUAACGGAUUUUUAUUUGAUUUUGCUUCGAGGUUCUAGUUUAAUUGUUGUCAAUCAAUUAAAUAACGAAGUCGUUUUUCAGGAAUCUACCUGGGGUAAAGAUAACGAAAGAAUAGUUGGAUUAGAGGCGGACUAUUCACAAAGCCCUCCCACUUACUGGUGUUACUCGAGUUCUAAUAUAUAUGAAAUCAUAUUAGAAAAAGAAUCACAAUCAGUUUGGAAAUUAUUAUGCGAACAAAAAAGAAUUGAUAAAGCUUUGGAACUGAAAGAUUUAGAACCUUGGCAAAGAGAUACAAUUUUGGACUUCAAAGCAAACGAUCUAUUUGAUGAGGAAAAAUUUCUAGAGGCAGCGCAUUACUAUGGUUUAACAUCUUGUGAAUCUUUUAGUGCAGUGGUAUUGAAAUUGAUGAAAACGACUAAUAAUGUAGAUUCCCUACAAAUUUUUUUAACUCAAAAAUUAGAACAAUUAGAUAAAAAUGAUGAUGUUCAAAAACUUUUGUUAUCGAGUUGGAUUCUAUGGACAUAUUUGAAGAAGAUGAAUAUAAUAGAUAAAAAGAUUGAUUCUGAAAGAGUAACAACGCAUCUUGAUCUGUUAAAGGAAGAAAUGCAAACACUCAAAUAUAGUUUAAACUUAUUUUUGGAAAAAUACAAAACCAGUUUAGAAAAGAGUUUAGUAUAUCAGAUGCUAGAAACACAAAAUAGAAUAACAGAACUGUUGUACUUCGCUAAUUUACUACAAGAUCGUCAUUUCAUUUUAGACUAUUGGAUUAAACAAGAAAAUUGGUACGAGUCUCUUAAGGUAUUGCUACAAUUACAGGAUGCUGAGCUUAUUUAUAAGUAUGCAAGUGUAUUAUUGGUAAAUUUACCUGAAACAACGAUUAGAACUUGGAUGUCAUUAAAAUCCAUAGAUCCGGUUAAAUUGAUUCCUUCUAUAUUAACAUAUUAUUCGCAUUACAGCAAAUCUUCAGCAGUACAGAAAGCAGAAACUAUAAAGGAAAACUUUGGACUAACAUAUUUAAAAUGGUAUAUCAAAGAAAAUAAUACUAAGGAUACAAUCUUAUACAAUACAAUCUUGUAUAUGAUGAUUACUGGUCUUAGAAGUUCCAAGAAAAGGCCUGAGAAGGAGGAACAAAUUGUUCAAUUUUUAAGUAUGUAUCCUGAAAGAUACGACACAAAUUUUAUACUGAGGUUAAGUCUUAAAUUUGAAACUUUAGUAGUAUCAAUAUUCCUAUAUUCAAAAUUAGAAUUAUAUGAAGAUGCCGUUGAUUUGGCUCUAGAAAAUGGUAUGACCGAUCAUGCGAAGAAAGUUAUAGAAAAUAUCGAACUGGAGUAUAACCCUAAAUUGACAAAGAAACUAUGGAAAAAUGUGGCAAAAUCAAUUCUAAACGACGCUGCAGGCAGUCAGGAUAUUAAACAUACUAUUAGCCAAAUUAUAACAGAAUCAAAUGGUAUCUUGGAAAUUAAGGACUUAUUACCAUUAUUCGAACAGUUUACUACAAUUGCAAAUGUUAAAGAUGAAUUGAUAAGAAGUCUAGAAAAACAUGGACAAUCAAUGGCACAAAUUGCUGAAGAAACGAAAUUGUCAAUGAAGAUGAAGCAGGAUAUCUUGAAAGAUAUAGAAGACUUCAAAGAAAGAUAUGAGAUUUUGGAACCUGGUUCUUCUUGCGACAGAUGUCAUAAAGUUUUACAAACGAAGAAAUUUUUCGUUUUCCCCUGUGGUCAUAAUUUUCAUUCAAACUGUUUGCUUUCUGAACUAGUUGGGUCAAAUGAUAUAAUCAUAAAAAGUCAAGUUGAUUCAUUACAACGAAAACUUCUCAAAUCUAAUUCAAAAACUCAUACUGAUGAAUUAGAUAGCCUACUAGCAAAAAAAUGUCCACUUUGUAGUGAUAUUCUCAUCAAUAAGAUAGAUGGGGGUGUUCUGGAUAACGACCAAGAAAUGGAGAGUUGGGCCAUCUAA